GAGGCUUUGGACGGUAGAAGCCGGGGCCGUCGGUAGAUGGCGGUAACCCAAGAAACCUGAUCCACCGGGCUCUCGGGCACUCUGUCUCAGUUUGCAGCACUCGCAUUGAAGGCAGAGGAGCUGAACAGUUUGAAGGACAUCAAAAGAAACAGGAGAGCUCACGGCGGGUCCUCUCGAGUUUUGCGCGCAGCCCUCCCGAGCAGGAGCCGGAACGCUUUGUCAUAAAGAAAAACGGGAAAACUAAAAACACCAUGGAAGACAAAUCUAAUUCGUUCUCCAGCAACAAGGAGGAGAAGGCGGAUGGGAAUAAUGUUUUUCAGAGGCAAGACUCGAUACAGAAAAAUAACACGGGGAGCCAGAAUAUGAAGGACCAUGGCAACUCAGUGGGCUUCAAGGGGGAGCGGGAAGAGGCCAUGGUCGGUUUUGACGAUCUAGAGGGGGCGUCCAGGCAACAUGGUUUUAUGCAGAGGCAAUUUGGGGCCAUGAUGCAGCCCGGAGUCAAUAAGUUCUCCUUGCGUAUGUUCGGCAGUCAGAAAGCCGUGGAGAAAGAGCAAGAGAGGGUUCAAACGGCCGGAUACUGGAUUAUUCAUCCAUAUAGCGAUUUUAGGUUCUACUGGGACUUGAUAAUGCUCAUCAUGAUGAUGGGGAAUCUAAUCAUCAUUCCUGUGGGAAUAACGUUCUUCUCAGAGCAGACUACCACCACCUGGCUGGUCUUCAACGUGGCCUCGGACACCAUCUUCCUGGUGGACCUGGUCAUGAACUUCAGGACGGGGAUCGUCAACGAGGAGAGCUCCGAGAUCAUCCUCGAUCCCAAGGUCAUCAAGAUGAAUUACCUGAAGAGCUGGUUCGUUGUGGACUUCCUCUCCUCCAUUCCAGUGGAUUAUAUCUUUUUAAUAGUGGAGAAAGGCUUUGACUCAGAGGUAUAUAAAACAGCCCGCGCCCUGCGAAUCGUCCGCUUCACCAAGAUCCUCAGUCUCCUGCGUCUGUUAAGACUGUCCCGACUCAUCAGAUACAUACAUCAGUGGGAGGAGAUCUUCCAUAUGACCUAUGACCUGGCUAGUGCAGUGGUAAGAAUAUUUAAUUUGAUAGGGAUGAUGCUACUUCUGUGUCACUGGGAUGGCUGUCUCCAGUACCUGGUGCCUCUCCUCCAAGACUUCCCCCCUGACUGCUGGGUGUCCCUAAACGGUAUGGUUAACGUCUCCUGGGGUAAGCAGUACUCUUAUGCCCUCUUCAAAGCCAUGAGCCACAUGCUGUGCAUCGGGUAUGGUGCCCGGGCACCCGUCAGCAUGUCUGACCUGUGGAUCACCAUGCUGAGCAUGAUUGUAGGCGCCACGUGCUACGCCAUGUUUGUGGGUCAUGCUACAGCUCUGAUCCAAUCACUGGACUCCUCACGCAGGCAAUACCAAGAGAAGUACAAGCAAGUGGAGCAAUACAUGUCUUUCCACAAGCUUCCAGCAGACAUGCGACAGAAAAUUCAUGACUACUACGAACAUCGCUACCAAGGCAAAAUCUUUGAUGAGGACAACAUCCUGAGUGAACUCAACGACCCGCUCAAAGAGGAAAUUGUCAACUUCAAUUGCCGUAAGCUUGUGGCCACCAUGCCUCUGUUUGCCAAUGCGGACCCCAACUUUGUGACGGGGAUGCUGAGCAAGUUGAAGUUUGAGGUCUUUCAACCCAACGACUACAUCAUCCGAGAAGGCACAGUCGGGAAGAAGAUGUACUUCAUUCAACACGGUGUUGCAAGCGUCAUUACCAAGUUCAAUAAGGAGAUGAAGCUGACUGAUGGAUCAUAUUUUGGAGAGAUCUGUCUGCUCACCAAGGGCAGACGAACAGCGAGCGUGCGUGCAGACACCUACUGCCGACUCUUCUCUCUCUCUGUUGACCAUUUCAAUGAGGUGCUGGAAGAGUACCCCAUGAUGCGACGUGCUUUUGAAACUGUCGCCAUUGACCGAUUGGACCGCAUUGGGAAGAAGAACUCUUUGCUGCUGCAGAAGUUCCAGAAGGAUCUGAACGCCGGCGUUUUCAACACACAGGAGAACGAGAUAUUGAAGCAGAUUAUUCGUCAGGACAGGGAGAUGGUGAUGAUGGUGGACCGCAAACAGUCAGUCACCGGGAUGAACUCAACACCAAUGUCAGGAAACUCCAUCAUUAACUCACCAGCCCAGCCACCCUUCUCCACUGCCUUCGGCACCAAUCAGCUUCAGCAGUCCUCUGUACCCCUGACCUACAGCGCUUCAGCUAUUGCCAAUGCCUCUGCUGCCCGCAUGCUGCCAGCUGCUGCCGCUGCUGCUGCUGCAGCGCAGGGAGUUUACCCUGCUCCCAGUGUUUCCCAUGGCAACCUGCAUUCUUCCUCAAUCAACCCACAGACCCCACUCCAGCAGCAGGGAGCAAUCAUGUCGCCCUGCUCCUUCACGGCUGCCAUGUGCAGUCCGCCCGUGCAGACCCCUCUGGCCAGCCGGAGCUUCCAGUACGGCUCGCCCACAGCCUCCCAGCUGUCACUUAUCCAGCAGCCCAUUGCCCAACCAUCUCUAGCUGCACAGCAACAGCUUGCUCAGCAGCCUGCUGUGUCAACUGCAGCUGGAACCUCUGCCACACAGCAGCCGUCACCUCAGCAGCAGCAGGUCCCCUCACCUCAACGGGGAGACAUCCACAAGAGCACACAGGCUCUUCAGUCAGGCAGCUUGAGUCGAGAUGUCCGACACUUAUCGGCCUCCCAACCAUCACUGCCACAUGACACAUCUCUGGGGCCCAGAGCGCACCCAACCUCAGGAGACUCUCUGGCCUCCAUCGUGCCACCAACGGCGGCAGCGAUCCAGGGAAUGAGUCUGCAGAGUGGCAUCCGCACCACGGUGCCCCAGCGGGUCAAUUUAUUCCGGCAGAUGUCGUCAGGAGCUUUGCCCCCGGUUCGCUCAGCCACGGCAGCAGCGGCGGCGGCAGCAGCAGCAGCAGCAUCAUCAUCCUCAGCCCAGCACAGGGAAUCCCCCGGAUCUAGGAGAGAUUCUGUCCUGAGCAGUACAGAAACUGAGCAAGACAAAAUGCGUUUUGCAUCAAAUUUAUGAUCCCAUUUUUCCCUUUUGAUUUUUUAAACUUAAAUAUGUUUCAAUUGAAUUUUAAAAAUGGAGAUACAGCAAAAGAGAUAAAAAUGAGGAACUUCAGCAUUUUUGUUUCUCUCCAGUUUUCUUCUAAAAUAACCCCAUAGAAAUCCUGUACAUACAAGCCCUUGUAUUAUAUUUUAGACACAUUGUCUCCCUAAACUUAAGAAUGUAUAUUAUACAGACACAUCUCUCCUUUUCUUUUACGCCAUAUUAAUCAUAUUACACACACACACACACCAUAUAUAUAUAUAUAUAUAUAUAUAUAUAUAUAUAUAUAUAUAUAUAUAUAUAUAUGUAUUUGUAUGGAUGGAUGUGUGGAAGAGUCAGUGUGUGUGCGUGCAUGUGACCGCGUGUGUAAAAUCCAACUACAAUAUUUGGCAAUGGCAAUUUAAAAGCUGUAGUAUAAACAUGAGUCUUCCUUUCUGAGAAAUAUAAAGAAUUAUAUACAGUGUAUGAGGGGUUUUCUUAAUUUCUUUUUUUUCUUUUUUAAACUGGAAUGCAUUGUGGAUUCUGACAAUGACUAUUUCUUUCCUUUUUUUUUUUUUUUUUUUUUACUAUUGAGGAAGAGGAAAUUUAUCUUCUCCGAUUAAGCAGCUUUAGGCACCACUGUGGAAUAAAUGCAAGCAACUCUGACAAAUAAUCUCAAAAAGCACACUCAAAGUGAAUCUCAUACUGAUUUUCCUGAACCCUCAUUUCAGAAACCAACACAAAUACUGUAACAAAGUGUUACGUUGCCCUCAGCAACGAAAGUAGUCUGCUGAACCACUAUAUCCCCACAGCGGCUCACAUACCGAUCCCGACAGUGUUAUGGGUCCAAAGGGAAUAGAUAAUAGAAAUGCUGCUUUCUUUGUUUAUUUUCAAGGAGAAUGGAGUUUGGAGAAAGAUAUGGGUGGAUGCUAUUGUUUUCUAUUUCUGAUUUCAGAUGGCUGAGAUGUUACGUAAUGUUGCUUAAAAAUUCUGUGUAUAUUUAUAAUAUUUAUAAACUAAAGAUUAUCACCAUUAUGCAAUAGACUGUGACAUAAAGAUUACCUAUAUGUGUGCUGUAAAUAGUUUUGUAGAUCUAGUAUUUACAGAUACUGUGUGGUGCAUUCUCUAUCAUAACAAUGUCUUACUUCUAUCAGGAACCUGGAUAUCAUCUAUAUGCGACAAAGGUUAAGUGACAAAAUACAUAUGUUUCAUAAGAGAUAAACAAACCUUAAUGCAAUAGCUAGCACUACUUGAUGCUGAGAAAUGCCUGAUUGGAGGACAUUUAUGACACCCCCCCCCCCUCUGUAUACUAUUCCUAGUCCUAUUAUAGUUUUCGAUUUCACAUCAAGUGAACGUAUACAAUAUUUACCUACAAUUCAAAGUCGUCCUAUUGAAAGUAAAUGCGUCUUUUCUAUUGCCUCAUUCCCCAAAAUCUGCUUAGGAUCAUUUUCAGAAUGAUUCUCUAGUUUAUAUUAAAAGUUCAAACUGAUUAUUUUAUGAAAUGCAUUGUUUAAGGAAAGAAAUGAGGCUCAUGUUUUUGAUUCAUUACACCUUUUUUUCUUUUCUUUUCUUUUUCAAAACCACAAUUUAUAUCUAGUGCUUGCUCAUGUGCUUCUUGAGUAAAACUGUACUGUUUGCUGUCAUAUCACAAUUGCUGUAGUUGAAGAGCCUGGCACGACAUUUUCAACACAUGUUUUCGGUUAAAAAUGUCAGGUAUCCAGUUACUCAAGUGUGCAGGGGGACAAUUUCACUGAGAGGUUUCUCUUUUUUUUGCUGCUGCAUGUGUGGGGGGAAAAAAAUGCUGGUUUGCAUUAAGGUUUCUGUCUCAUGUAAAUCCACUAUUUGGGCUUAGGCACUCUAAACUGGCCUGGACUGAUGUUGGAGGGAAGGAAGGUCAAACCAGAAUAUUGUGACUCUAUAAAAAGGGAUAAAAGCUAUUUUGACUAUUUUAAUCCUAUCACAACUAAAGUAUUUGAUGACUCUACUAAAAUAAGUCAGCCAUUAUUAUGGCUUGCAGGUCAUUUCUCUGCACAUACUGUUGACUGCAACGUUGUGCUCAAAGACUUCCUGUGGUCUUCUUAUUCAAAUAUGUUCUACUCUGUAUUUUUAUUUAGAGUCACAGUUUUCAUGGCACCAAAUAUCCCAUCGGUUCAGAGCGACUAAGCCCCCGGAGACACUGUUUUAAAAAGAUUACAAGUCUUCGCUACAGAUUGUGUCGAUAGUGUACCAAUACAGUCAACCCACCGAUGUCAUGAAAGCAUGCACUGUCACAAAUACUUAAAAAGAUACUAUCUCAAAAAUGUUGACGUUAAAUGUAAUGUUAGAUUAUGUUUUGUUCAUUGUCUGUCUGCCUAGACGUUAUCUGUGUGUGAACAGAAGCAUUGACUUUUCACAUGGACAUUCUUAAGUAUUUGUGCCUAAACUAUAGCCAUGUUCCAUCCUUUGUUAAAGAGUGUGAGCUCGUGCGUAUGGGGGAGGGGGAGGGUGGGGUGGGGGGGCACUUCUGCACACAACUGCGCAUUCAUCCUUACUAUACUCUAUGUGUUCUAUGUCUCAGUGUUUUUUAGACGGGAAGGGAGUAAGCAAUGAUGAUGACGGCCAAAAUGUCUCAGUUUAUCCAAUUGGUAUCUUUACUUACAAUGUGAACUUCUAGAGGCAGGUUUUUUUCUAACAUUCUCAGUCAAAGCUGUUUAGAAUAUUUAAUGGAGAAGUCAUGUACAGAUUAAAAGAGAAGUGCAAUCUUUAGACUUGCGGUAAAUAAUAUCACACUCGAUGAGACAUUGUACAAAUUUGGAGAACCUUUAUACCUUUCUUUGUAGCUAUAGCCACUGAUGUUUAGGUGGAAUAUUGAUGUGUGGAAGGAAACUGGCCAAAGCAAAACAUUCUAAGUCAUUGUCUUUGUUUUAAAUUGCACUUUCUGAUUUACUAAUAAAAAAGGGUACAGAUUCUUUCAGCUAGGUUAGAUGUUGAAUGAGAAAUUAGAAAGGGAGCAAUAUCCCUGAGAGUUUGUGCUGCCCUGGUCCUGUAAGAGGUUUUAAUGAGGGGAGGGGGGAGAUGUUCUAUUUACAACGGAGAGCGCUUAAAUCGUGAAUAUGCCAUAGUGUAUAGGAACUAUAGUACACAGUCGAGAUGGACAGCAGCACUGUUGGUUUGUGCUGUUUUUGAUACUUGCCUUUGGAGGGAGAGCUUCCCAACUAUGUGCUUUUUUCACUAUACCAAUCACAACUAACAUACUGGAAUGGGCAUUAAUGGUGACGUUAAACACAAACUAAUGAGCUUACAUAUUAGCAGUAUAGAGACUCUCAACAAACCAGCACAUAUAUUUGUAUAUUUCUUUUUGUUUGUUUUGUUGGUUUGAGGAAAAAAAAAAAAAAAAAAAAAAAAAAUAUGACAUGCAAAAAGAACUGAAAAUAAUGCCCAGAGAGGACAAACCAAAUGUUGAUUUGGUUUUGAUGACAACAGGUUUCAUAUGUUUACUGAUGAUGUGCGCAGUGGAGAGAGAGGCAGAGGCUACAUCAAGCUGCUCUGUCCUCUUAAACCCCGCUCACAUGGUCAUUGUUCAGCUCAUUCAUGUAAUCCAAGGCUUAGAGAAAACGAACUAUUAGUUGGUUACUUGAUACAGAUGAAAGAAAGAUAAAUGUAAACUUUCUUACAACAAUAUGCAGACAAACAGUGUUUGUCAAAAAAUCUUUUUGAUUUUUUUUUUGUUUUGUUUAUUUUGUUUGUAAAUAAUAAACCUUUAAAAUAUAGAAAAUAAACGACAUAUUGUCAUUUAAAA